AGGUUAGAAAGAAUAAAGUCUUCUGUAACGAGUGUAACCUCUGCUGUCAAUUCUGUCAGUUUAAUUGAUUCUUCUUAAAAAUAUCAACAAUUCUGUUUUAUCUUUAUUCUGUUUAGUAGUUACAUUUGUUUUUGUGAAUAAUUUCAUGUGUCUCUGGGUUUUAAGGAAUUCAAUACCAGUUGUUAUGGAUUUUCAGAGAUUAUGAGAAGUUGAAGAGGAUCCGGUAGUUUUGUACAGUUUAUGAUCAUUAAUCAGACCCAACUGAAAAUUCAUCAGCAGAGCAAAAUGAAUUUAAUCCUUUAUUCAAGAAAGUUGUUCAUCAAUUCAUAACACAGCAAGAGUCAUAGGAGGUAUCAAUAGAUACAAGCUAUGAUAGAGAAUUUUUCUAGACGAAUGUUUAGUGGUUCCAGUGGGACAUAUAACGUACACGCUUUAGAACUGGCUGCCUCAACGUUACGAAAGUUGAAAGGUCUGGAAUUGACUGUACAUUUCCUAGAUCAUAGUGAACAUGUUUUUCAUAUUGAUAAACGCUCUAAAGGUUCAGUAUUAUUAGAUCUUGUUUAUCAACACUUGGAAUUGGUUGAGAAAGAUUAUUUUGGACUUCAAUAUACAGAAGAUAAAACAGGCACUUCAACAGAAUGUAUGGUUUGGUUAGAUCCUGCAAAAGCUUUGAAAAAACAACUUACAAACUGCCAGACAAAUCUCUAUUUCAAAGUAAAAUUUUAUGUAUCUGACCCAAGUAAACUACAACAUGAAUAUACCAGGUAUCAGUUUUACCUGCAAAUUAAAAAAGACAUUUUUGAAGAAAAGUUGAUUGUACCCCCUAGUACAGCUAUCUUAUUAGCUAGCUAUAUGGUGCAAUCUGAACUUGGAGAUUACUGCCCUGAAGAACAUGAUAAAAAUUAUUUAUCGAAUUUACAACUAAUUCCUGGACAAACUCCAGAAUUGGAAGAAAAUAUAUCUGAACUUCAUAAACUACACAAGGGAAAAUUACCUGCUGUUGCAGAAUUCCAUUUUUUAGAUCAUGCUAAAAAGAUUGACUUGUAUGGAGUAGAUUUACACAAUGCAAUGGACAGUACGAAUAAAAAUAUUCAGUUGGGGGUCACACAUAUGGGUUUAGUCAUUUUCAGAAACAAUAUCAAAUUUAACACAUUCUCUUGGUCCAAAAUUAUGAAGAUUUCCUUCAAGAGAAAGCAAUUCUUUAUUCAACUAAGGAGAGAACCGUCCGAAGAUUAUGAUACAGUACUAGUUUUCAACAUGGAGUCAUAUAGAUCGGCUAAAAAGCUUUGGAAAAGUUGUGUCGAACAUCACACUUUCUUCCGGUUACAUUCGCCAAAGGUCAAACGAAAAUUCCCGUUCUCUUUAGGUUCCAAAUUCUCAUAUUCUGGACGUACAGAAUUCCAGACAGUCAUAGAUGUUAAACAGAAGGGAAAGAUAGAACACAAGUUCGUUAGGUCACCUAGUCGACAAAUAGUCAAACAUAUAAUAUCUACAGCGCCUCCUUCAGAAGAGAAAGGAAAAACUUACCUUGCUAGGCCCGCAAGGCCUUACGACAAUAAAGUUACAUCUUUAGGAUCCAAGGGGCCUAGGAAAGCUUGGGGUGCCGAGUCACAGAUUUCAAGCGAGGAUGGAGAUCUUUUAGACAAACCCUUAGAUGUUCCAUUUUCACCAGGAAAAAUCCUCAGCUAUGCAGAUGAGGAUCUGCCAUCUCCUGUUUCUAAUGGGUUGUAUGAUACUCCCCCAUAUAGUGCUAGUCAUUCACCAGUGUCUCAGAUGGUUGAAGAGACAUCUGUUAGCAUAACUCUCUUUCCUGAUGAAGAUGGAAAAUAUGGAUUCAAUGUGAAAGGUGGUAUAACAAAGUGUCUUCCUAUAGUAGUGAUGAGAGUAGCUCCGAAUACACCUGCUGAUACAUGUACACCUCGGUUAUCAGAAGGAGAUCAAAUUUUACAGAUCAAUGGCAAAGAUAUGGCCAAUGCCUCUUACGAGGAAGCAGUAAAACUGAUUCAAGAGGCAAGAACUACAAAUGAUGGAAAGCUCGUUUUGCAAGUGAAACCGAACGUGAUUUAUAGCGAACUCGAAGAGUACGAAGAACCGCCAUAUCAGUAUGUUCCCAUAGGGGAUGUUCAAACCGUCCAAUCAGGAAAUAUCCUAGAACAAAGCAUGCUGCUUCUAGCCGACGGACUAGCAAGCGGUGCCGUGGUAGUUCGAUUCGAAAGCUUUUAUAGGAAGCAUCCAGAUAUGACAUGCGAUGAGUCUGCAAAACCAAAGAAUAUUAAUAAAAAUAGAUACAGAGAUAUAUCACCAUAUGACGAAACAAGAGUGAUCCUCAAAGAUAGUACUAACGGGGACUACAUCAAUGCCAAUUAUGUGAAUAUGGUGAUCAAUGGAACAGAUGUCGUGAACAGAUACAUCGCAACCCAGGGCCCUUUGCAGUCGACAACUGACGAUUUCUGGGAAAUGAUAUUCCAGGAGAAAAGCACGCUCAUAAUCAUGCUAACAACCCUCGUAGAGAGGGGUAGGACCAAGUGCCACAAAUACUGGCCAAGCGUAGGGGAGAGCCUGACAGUGCGAGACACUACGAUUAAGUGCAUCAAAGAGGAAGCGGAUCCAACUGGAAGUGUAGUUUACAGAGAUUUCGUUUUAAGCGAUAAUGAAACGGAGAAGCUCAGAGAAAUCAAACACAUUCAGUAUGUGGUUUGGCCAGACCAUGGAGUGCCAUCUUCUCCUGCCGAGUUUCUGUCAUUCACCGAUAAAAUAAGAGAAACAAGGAAAGACGACUCUCCUGUAGUUGUACAUUGCAGUGCUGGAAUAGGACGCACUGGCGUUCUUAUAUUGAUGGACACAGCUCUAUGUCUGAUCGAAAAUGAAGAACCAGUUUAUCCCUUGGAAAUCGUCAAGAUGAUGAGAGAACAGAGAGCCAUGAUGAUUCAAAAUGCUAGUCAAUAUAGGUUUGCUUGUGAAUGUGUCUAUGCUGCUUUUAUGAGGAAGGUCAUAUCCAGAAAAGAAGAAUUGGAAGGAACAAGUUGAAACGAAUGAAAUUAAUUUCAAUUUAUGAAUAUCACAGUUUGGAAAAUAUUUAUAUUGUGUGUAUAGAAACUGUCCAAAGAAUUCAAAGUUUUGAAAGUUUUUUAUGAUGUAAAGUGAUUGUUGUGUUGAUCAGAAUUAUACAGUAACUAUAACUGAACAAAAUUUGCUAGUACUGAUCUUAUAGCAUUGAGGUGGUUCUGAAUUGGUAGUACAAUUUUUAUUGUUCCAAAUUUAACCAAGUCCAUACUUUAAAAUUGAUGAUAUUCGUCUUAUUGAUUCAUAUCUUUAAUAUGAAGAUUUUUACACUCUUGAAUAUAAAGAUUUUAUUGUAAGUACAAUAUAAUAAAUCUAUCUUUGGAUCUUUUUAUAUAAUAUGGCUCAAUUCCUUUCUAUAUACUUCCAUUUGUAUUAUUGAGAAUAAUACGAUUUAAAGCGGUCAUGAUGAGUUAUUGCAGCACCCAACAAGAGUCAGUUUUACCGAAAGAUUCUGUAAUAAAAUAUCAUUGAAUGAAAUUUCAAGAUGCUGAUUCUGAAUAAAGAGGGGCAUAAUAAAUAAAUAAUGAAAAUUUGGUAUUUAUAGAUUAUGUCAUCUCAAUUCUGUACUCAUGGAUAAACAAUAUACAUGGGGAGUAUUAAUUGAUUCUACAAUGCUGGAAAGAUGUGAUAACAAAAUUGUAUACUUAAAAAAACUUUAAUGAAAAUUGUUUUCUUUUUUUAUAAAAUAAGGAAACACUGCAUUUUACAUUUUUUAUAUUUAUCUAAUCAAAUUAUUAUAUGAACUUUUCUGCCAAUGAAUAGAUUAUUAGGAAGGAAGAACUUGAAGGUGACAUGAAAAGGUUUUUUCAUGUUUUUUUCAUCAAAAAACUUUAGGUCGGACUAGCUGAACAUGGAUAUAUUUCAAACUAACAGAUCUACAAAACUGAUGUUGCAAUAACUCUCUGAGUCAUCGAAGUUAAAUGUUGAGUUUAAUUAGAUUUUCAUUUAUUUGUAAUGUUGGAAACUAUUGUUUCUGUACAAUACAUGAUCCAUUGGUAGUAAAUUUUAUAUUUGUGCAGGAGAAUGAUAUAUGACCAUCCGCUUUUUUGUUCUGAUGUGUUUACUUUUAUAGUAAUAACUUUUUGAAUUCUGAGAUAUUAGUAGGAAUGAAAAAUUGACUUUAAGCCAUCCAAAAUGCAUAUAAACAUUAUAUAACAUACAUUUUUUAAGAAAUAAAUUAUUAUUAUUAUAUACAAAAUGAUUAUUUAGAUACAAAUACAGAAAAUAAACAAUUCA